AUGGACUGCGUAGCCAUCUUGAAGGGCAUACAGCAGGAGCAUUCUCUCCGAGCCUGCGGUCAGAUUCCACAAGCGGUCCUCCCGACUGGCGCGAAGGGCGACCCAUCGUGGGCGAUGCACGGGUUUUGUGGCACGCCCGACGAUCACGGCAUUCCUGAGCGCGCUUGGUUCAACCUGGACGAGAGGUGCUCAUCGGCGAAUUCACCAACGCGUCAGCCCUACGAGAGUUCCCCGGCGUCACGUCCCCCGGGGGCCCUGACUGGUCGUCAGAUGUGUCCGGGCACGGCGGAUCACGAGCCGGGCCCGGCAAAACUCGCCCGGGAUGAGACCUCCCGGGACCAACACGGCCGGCAGAAGUGGCGUUCCCCCGGGACCAGUGCACGAAAGACUGUCAGAGGCGAUUGUAUCACCAGGACGGUGACUUUCACGUGCCAGCGGCGACACGGCUCCUCGAACGAAACUCGCUGGGUCGACGCCAGCACCGGGAUAAGGGUCGAAUUCACCUGGCUGGCAGCGUACACGGGCGACUUUGACAUAUGA